AUUCUUGUCCUUCCCUGCUUCUUUGUGAUCUCAUGUCUCUUUCUUGUUCAAUUGUUGAAUGAUGGUGCUGAGCCUGAACAACUUCUGUACUAUCAAGUUUCUCUGUUAACUUUUUCGUUGCCAAAAUAGUGCUCUUCUCUGCAUUCCUUUUCUGUUGGUCGUGUAACUGUCAAGAGAAAUUAAGAAAGUUGACUUCGCUGGGAUAUUUGUUCUCACACACUCACUUCUUCCAAACAACAAUGUGAAUUUCUAUAUGGAAAUUUUGCACCCCCAGAAUGGACAUGUUAUGUUCCUUUUCUUGCAUAUGGACACCCGAAGUUUUUAUUUUGGCUAUUGCAUUUGCUAUAUUGACUCAUCAAAGGCUGUUUAUUUAUCUUGGGUUUUCAUGACUCCAUGAUGCGUUGACAUUAAUUUUUCUCACUAAGUACGUGUUUUGAUUCAAGUUUAAAUUGGCAUAGAUCCACGUUUACUUCAAUACGUAACUUUUGCGUUGGAUUCAUGUUUAUAAGUCUUUCAAUGUUUCUUAACACACAUAAGUUACUUGCAACUUGAUCUCUCUGGGAAAAAAAGGCAAAGAAGUUUGCUCUUAAUGGAUUCGUGAUCUUCUAUCUUAUUCAUAAGAAAUAUAACUAUUGUCCUUUUGAUCUUGCACUUCUGCAUGAUUCAUGUUUGAAGAUGAAUGUUCCUUGUGUUUGGGAAGGGGGUAUGUGGAAAAAAUGUUUUUAAUAAUGAGAAAAGAUAACUUUUUUUCCCAUGGAUUGAUUGAUUGAUUGAUUGAUUGGGAAAAAGAAAUAUGGUUAAGGUUUGACAUUCUACAAUGAUUUUUGAGACGACUCUGGUAACAACUGUUGGACCUGGUGGCCCUACUUUUCCUGUAUUCCUUUAGCUUUCAUGCUUUUUCAGGUAAAUUUGAGGAUUGGAAAUUUGUUGGUCUGAUGCUUGCCAGGUCCAUCAAAAGUUGCUUCUUAAAAUAGGUCAUCACUCUGAUACCAAUUAGUAAUGGCAUCAGCAGAAAAGAGGACACCCUAUACAGCUAAUUGUUUUACUCAAGAUUGCCGGAUUCCCCUGAAUUCUCUGGAUCAUCCAUCAUCAGUUUCAAAAAAAUUAGUAUCUGAUUUGGCUUCUGGUAAUUCUAUUAGCGAUCAAAUUCAUGCCAAUUCAGUUAGCAAACUACAUAAUUUAAAUUCUGAUAAGCUACCAAACAUGAAAUGGUGGCUACAUGUGAAAAGUGAAUUGGGGGGUGAGGUAAAUUAUACAUCUCAACAUCUGAAUUCCUACGAGUCUGAGCUUGGUGCAAUCUCUACUGAAUUUCUUGAUGAAAAUGUUAAGAGUAGGGGAGAUCAAUCUGUCAAAGACUUUGAUGCUCUUUCUAAUUUUGAAAGUGCUAAUUUAUCUGUUGAGCAGCCAUGGCAUGCCUCUCCUACGUGUAUGAAAAACAACAAUACCAGAAUGCCAAAAAUUGAAACUUCACUGAAUACAGAUUUACAUUUUACUCCUAAGAAGAAAGAUCAGGGGGAAUUAUGUUUUUCAGAUAGUCAUUUUAUGGAUUGCGAUAUUUCAGGUUUCUUGAUCUCUGAACUAGGUAAAAUGACAUCAUCUGAUCUAAAAUCACAUUUGAUGGAAGAUGAGAAAAUUGAGCCUUGGUGGCGCACUGCUGGAAAAGAUGAGUUAGCUUCCUUGGUUGCUCAGAAAUCGCUUGAGCAUAUAGAGAAUUGUGAUCUCCCUCAUCCCCAGACUAAGCACAUUAGACAGAGACCCCCCUACCCAAAGGGUGUUGAUAAUGAUAAGACUCAACCAUCAUCUUUCAACCACAAAACCAAGACUGGUUCUUCCCUUGGGGAUGGUUAUCCAUCUAGCACAUCCUUUUCUGGCUGUUCAUUUCAGGAUGCAAAUAAGCAUUUAAGUUCUGACGAGAGCAAAGAUUCUAGUUCAAGCAACAAAGGUUGGCAAAUAAAUUCUGAGAACAGUAGCAUGGCUGAGCUGUUGAAAGCACUGUGUCAUUCUCAAACAAGAGCCAGGGAGGCUGAGAAAGCAGCACAGCGAGCUUACAGUGAGAAGGAGCACAUCCUUAGUCUCUUUUUUAGACAGGCGGCACAACUCUUUGCUUACAAGCAGUGGUUCCACGUGCUGCAGCUUGAGAACCUUUGCCUUCAACUCAGAAACAAAAACCAGCCAUUGCUAAAUCUCUUUCCAGCAUACUUACCAUGGAACCCUUGCAGUGGAAUGCUGCUUAAGAAGGCUCGUAGCAGAGCUAAGAAGAUUAAUAGAAGAAGAUGCGGAAUUAGAAAAUGUGCCAUUGCUUUUGCUAUGGGUUUAGGCCUUGCAGGUGCUGGUUUGCUUCUUGGUUGGACCAUGGGAUGGAUGUUUCCUCCAUUAUAAACAAUAUCUUGGUUCAGAUGUUGACUAACAAUUCUAUGCUCUUCUGGAAUUUGAAUUCAGUUGUGCUGAUAAGAUUUG